AAUUGAAUAAGUUCACAAUAAAUCAAAGAGAAGGACAGCGAACGUUGGCAACACCAUCUUACCUGGAUUUCCCAGGUCGGUGACACGUAUAUAUAGGGGCAACUCGGCUACACGUCCAUAUAACAAGCUUCCCACCGGUAAACCAAGGAUGGCUCGUAACGUGGCAGUGACCUCCCUCCUCGUGGCUCUCUGUUUUGUAGCCGUUGCAGGACACGGCCGUUACGGUCAUGGCGGUGGAUUCCACGGGGGCGGCCUAGGCGGUGGAGUCCACGGGGGCGUCCUAGGCGGUGGAGUCCACGGGGGCGUCCUAGGCGGUGGAGUCCACGGAGUCCAUACAGGGGGUCUUGGACUCGCAGGCUCUGGCGUCCACGGCGCUGGAUCCUUCAACCCCGCAUAUUACCCUGGUCUUCUGCCCGGUUUUGGCUUCCACGUCAACAGACCCACGUUCGGAUAUAACAAAUGCAAGUACUGGUGCAGGAGUAGUUAUACCCGACAGUAUUAUUGCUGCCAACAGUCUUAUUAUGGCUAGAUUCAUAGCUCAGACUGACUAUACUGUGGACGAACCGGGUUAUCUUUCAUGUUGACAAAAAUGUUUGCUGCUUCUCAAAUAAAGAGUAUGUAAACAGA